GGAGCUUUCCCUUUGUUGUUGUUCGUGGGCUGCUGCUUAGAACAAACUUUACACGUAAAUAAUCUAAUUGCGUUAAUUAACUGGCUUGAGCUAAACAACGACGUGCGAUUUGAUCGAGGGAAGGAACGUAGUUGAGAUCUGGGCCAGGAAAUCCCGACUAGGCAAGCAGGAAAACAAUGCGUCGCAAUGCGCGCCAACAACAACACAAUCAGGAAGAAAUCGGCCCCGACGACGUGGAAGACAUCUUUGCCCGUCCCGCCUACGAUGACGACGAGUUCGAAGAUCUGCUCCCUCUGGCCAGGAGGCCCAAUGGCCACGCCCGACUCGGCCGCUACGAGAACACUCUGGAGGUAAAGGUCCAAGAGGGAGACACACUCCAGGCGCUGGCCCUGCGCUUUCACUCCUCUGUGGCGGACAUCAAGCGCCUGAACAAGAUCGACCGCGAAAAUGAAAUCCACGCACAUCGGGUUAUUCGCAUUCCGGUUACAGUGCACAACGUCCUGCUGGGCAACGGGGGCCUCGAAGCCCUUCCUGCGGUCCACCGCAGCGGGAACAACAGUCCUAGACACAAUAUUGAGCGGGAACCAGCUCCCGAACGCAAUCCCCUCGAGGAUGCGCGGCAAAUGCUGGAUGAGCGACUCCUGGUGGCGGCGGUAAAUGCUUCAGGCGCCGUGGAUCACGAGAAACCAUCGACGAGCAGAGCUGCUGGACAAUUCUACGAGGGAGCCCAGGGUGCGCCGAAUGACGAAGCCAAUAUGGAGCAACCCUACGAGGAAAAUGCCGCUCUGCUUAACCACAUGGUGGACAGGCACGCUCCGCUAGUGCGUCCCAUCCCUGGACCCUCUUUGAGUGCCAUCGACUGGUCCGGAUCGGACUGCGACUUGUCUUGGAUAUGUCUGCUGAUCUUCAUACUCGCCUUGUGUGUCGUCAUACCCUUGGUCUACGUCAUCUACCUAGCAGAGCAUCCACAUCACAACCAUAGUGCCCAGUAGUUGGGUAAUGUCUGCACCCGAAGUGGUCAUCAUUCCAAACGGCACCCCCUCACCCGGCACCCUGUCAAUCUCUCAGAUGAGCCUGGCGCAUUUCAAAUGCAACCCCAGGCGACGGAAUUUAUUUUUAUACCUAUGCGCGUAACUUUGUAUUGACUCUUGAUAAAAAAAAUAAGGUCUUUGUCGACAGAACUUUUAAAUUACCACGAUUUGGGUGCUUCCCAGAUGCAUAGGCUUGUCUAUGCGCCACAUAACUUCUGGCAGCACCAAUUGCAGGAUUCUAAGAUCCGAUUGUGCUGUGAAUAUAAAUCGUAACCCCGCCGUUUUGCUUUUCUAUAUGUUUUAUUGAGUACAAUUAUGUAACAUUUAAACUACAAUAGUACGGGUAAGGUGUAACAUUAUUCAGCUGAAGUUGGGAUAGUUUCUCUUACGCCAAAAAAGUACGUAAUACAUAUCUUAGAGCUAAAUAAAUAGUAUCCAUGGAUAUAAG